AUGUUAAUCAUCAUACUUAAACAAUAACAUAAAAAAAUAUACACUUUCAAUGUGCCCCCAUAAAUACCCCUACACACUCACAAACCCAACAGCAAGCCCCAAUCCAAAAGCACAUACUUCACAAGCCACAACAAGCAGAUAGCUAAUUUAAUUUUUAGUCACAGAAGAAGCCAUGGCUAAAGAUGUAGAGGGAGCUGAGCAUGGUGAGUUUGCAGCCAAAGACUACCAUGACCCUCCUCCAACCCCCUUGUUUGAUGCUGAGGAGCUGACCAAAUGGUCUUUUUACAGAGCUCUUAUUGCUGAGUUCAUUGCCACCCUUCUCUUCCUUUACAUCACCGUUUUGACCGUCAUUGGCUACAAGUCCCAGAGCAAUGGAGACCAAUGCGGCGGCGUUGGCAUUCUCGGCAUCGCCUGGGCCUUUGGUGGCAUGAUCUUUGUCCUUGUUUACUGCACCGCUGGUAUCUCUGGUGGACACAUAAACCCAGCUGUGACCUUUGGACUAUUCUUGGCUCGCAAGGUUUCACUGCCGAGGGCAGUUUUGUACAUCGUAGCCCAGUCUUUGGGUGCAAUCUGCGGUGUUGGGUUGGUGAAGGCCUUCCAAAAGACAUACUACGAGGAGUAUGGCGGUGGAGCCAACGAGUUGUCUGCUGGGUACAACAAGGGCACUGGCUUGGGAGCUGAAAUCAUUGGUACCUUUGUUCUUGUCUACACUGUCUUCUCUGCCACUGACCCCAAGAGAAAUGCCAGAGACUCCCAUGUCCCUGUCUUGGCACCACUUCCCAUUGGAUUUGCUGUUUUCAUUGUUCACCUGGCCACCAUCCCAAUCACUGGAACUGGUAUCAACCCUGCUAGAAGUUUUGGAGCUGCUGUGAUCUACAACAAGGACAAAGCUUGGGAUGACCAAUGGAUCUUCUGGGUUGGACCAUUUAUUGGAGCUGCCAUUGCUGCCUUGUACCACCAAUACAUUCUGAGAGCAGGAGCCAUUAAGGCUCUAGGGUCUUUCAGGAGCAAUGCUUAGUUAAAUAUUUUCACCCCUGGUUUUCAAGUGGAGAUGGUCUCUUUUUCUAAAAAGAAUAAUGAACAACAUGGAGGAAUGCAAGUCUGUCCUGAGGGGGGUCCUUUCAGCAAUCUCCUCUUGUCUCUCUCAAGGGCUCAAAAGGAAGGAAUUGGUGGAGGACCAUGGAAUUGUAGAUAAGCAUGGCUUUGGGAAAGGGUGUUAUUUUGUACCCCUCUCUUCUUUGUUACUUUUCUUACUUUGCUUUUCCAAUUAUGUUUGUGCUAUUUUCAUUUCUUCUGUGUAUCCUUAUCUUUUAUUCCCUUUUUUUCUUUUGUUACUUUUCUAAGUGGUGUAUGCAUGUUGAUGAUGAUGGCAGAGAAAGCUAAUGAAAUAUGGGUUGUGUUCAUUGGUCUCAA